ACUUCCGCUCCAGUUUCCUGUUACUAAGCAACGACGAACGCUCUCCCUGAGCUCUGCUGUUAGCCUCCGAAGCUAGCUAGCAGGGCAGACACACAAACAUGGAUGGCGAGGACGAUCUGGACGAACUGCUGGAUGAAGUUGAAAAAAAGUUUUGCAGCAACGUUUCCGUCACAUCUGCGGCUCGUGUGAGCUCGAGUGCGACUGGAAGACGCGGGAAAGACAGCGAAGGACAGAGAAAACACGGUGCCACUAAACCGGAACAGCCGAUAAGCAGCGUCUCUGAGGAUAUCGACGCCCUUCUGGAGGAAUUACUGGAGGAAGACUACAGCGAUUCCCCUCCACUGAAGACUGAAUCGUUUUCUAAAGGAGCACCAGCGGAGAAGAAGCUUCCCGCUCAGUCUGCAGGAAGAAAGUGCUGUCCUGUUUUCGUUGGCGGCAGCUCCGUCACAAAUGGUGUCGGAACAGCGACGUCCAAGAGGUCAUGUGACCAGUUGAGGUGCACGUCCUGUGACUUCCGGGUGCUGAUGUUUGAUGACUUUGAGUGGGACUCUUGUGAUUACCUGUUUCUCAGGAACAACAUGCCGGACCGUCAGAAGCUCCGAGCGAAGCUGAAGAAGAGGAGAGGUUUACGGGCGUACGCCUGCCAGUGCAGCUGGUUCUCCACGUCGGAACCGACGGACCUCAGGGACCGACCUCAGCUCAGAUGGGUCUGUGGAAAACACCUGGACUGAUGUGAACUCCUCACCGCUGCUCAGAUACUUCCAGAGAAACUUCACAUCCUUCCAUCCAUCCUCCAGGCUUCAGACAGAACAGUCUGUUAAUAAUGGACCUUCAGGAUUCAACCAUUGUUCAUGACAAACAGUUCAGUACAGUGGUGACGUUAUUUUCAACAUCUGUAUUAUCUUCUUCAACCACUUGUGGUAUUUUUAGACCCUGAAAUUAUCGUGAUCAUGUGUUAAACAUGUUUAAUUAUUCUCUACAUCAUCAUGAGAAGCUGAACCUCCACAGUUCAUAUAUUAAUUCUUUCCUACUUUAAAAGUCACAUGAUGAUAAAAUCUGUGGUCAGAUUUUAUUUAAUUUAUUAUGUUUUCAUGGUAACAGUAUAUUUUGGUGAUUACCAUCAAUCAGGAAACUGAACUGGACAUUGGUCACCUGGACUCCCUCUGGCUCUGAUGAGUCUGAUGUCACUUCAUCCAGCGCUCUGACAGAAGUCACAGUUUAGUGACAGCAACUCGCUGUUUCAUCUGCAAACACAAACAAACCUCGAGGAGUCAAAGCUGCAGCCAACAGCUGAAAAUCCCUUUGUGGUGAUUUUCAUCUUUGUGCUGCUGCAGAACUGAAGGUUUGAGGUGAGCAGCUGAUCCUCCUGGUUACUGAGAUAAUGUUCAUAUCAUUUUACAAAGUCACAUUUUGUCUUAGUUCACAGGACAUUUUAAUCCUCAUAUAAAACUUCCUGAAUCAAAAUCUUUACAGAUCUAUCUGGUAUUAUUCUAUAUUUUGCAUUGUGCAGACACAAACCAACAACUCAUGAAAAUGUGAUAUUUUCACUCUUGAUGACGUUGAACUUGCUGACGUGUUGAGUUUGGCAGCUAAAUUCAAGAUUUCACCUUAAAGGUUUUAAAAUGUAAGAAUCAGCCACCUGCUGAAUUCAGCAGCAUAAAUGUGUCAGAUUUUGAAUGUUUUCAACUUAGAUUCUGACAUUCUGCACCUUUUGUAAAAGAAAACAAGACUUCGUCUGACUUUCCAUGAGAACGGACGGAGGGAGGAGACGAUGAUUGGAUUUAUAUUUUUGGGUGAACUGUCUCUGUAAACCUGUGAUUGGUCAGCUCUCGCAGCCUGAGCAGACAGCACCCAUCAGCUCUGUCUGUGUUUUUGUGAUUUUUGGAUCAUCAUAACAAGUCGUGAUAAAAAAAAAUAAAACACCUCAGGAAGUGAAGA